GCUGCAGAUGGCACAGUGUAAGUGGUCGUAUGGUGACGUUAUCACUGACAACGUUGUUGCAGCUAUCUGAGCUGGAGAGACGUCAGCUUCAGAAGGUUGCUCACCAGAGACUGCAGAAUAUGCACCUUGGACCCAUCAUCGUACCAAAAGAUCCUCUGACCAAACGGCCAAAGAAGGGAAGUUUCCUGAGAGGCAAGCAUCGAAACAACAGUGUACUGGAUAGCUUCAAGGACAUCGAGUCUGGUACCCCGUUAGUCUUUGGCAUCCCAUUAGAGAAAUGUAUCAGCAACGAGCAGGGUCUUAAACGCUACCACUCAACUAGACGGAAAGAACGCCGGGAAAGUCUUGACUUGGCCCAGUCCCCUCUAUUGGUUCGACAACAAGGGAAGCAACAGUUUAAGGGAUCUGCAGAGGACAUCUCAAGCAUCGCUGCCUCUUCCUCCAGUUCCUCUUCUACCUCAACCUCCCUCCUGGACGCCCUGUCCCUGUCCACAAGCACCCAGGUAGAGGCCCAGCGUAGAGAGAGGCGUAAGAGCUUACUCCCCCAGGAACCCAAGGUACCGCAGGUCGUCAAAGCUUGCUUCAACCACAUAGAGAAGCAGGGACUCCACAUUCUGGGUAUCUUUAGGAUUGGCGGCUCCAAGAAACGAACAAGACAGCUGCGUGAAGAUUUUGAUGCAGGAACGGAGAUUGGUAUGAACGAGAGUAACAACCCUCACGAUGUCGGGGCGCUGCUCAAGGAAUUCUUCCGUGACCUACCGGAGCCUCUGCUGACGAGAGAGCUGUAUCCCACGUUCGUUGCUUGUACCAGGUUAGAUAACAUGGAGCAGAGGUUGAGGGCGCUACAGCUCCUGGUGUACCUCCUCCCGACAGCCAAUCGUGACACCCUAUUUGCUCUGCUGGACUUCCUCAAUAAAGUUGCCAUUAACGCAUUCGACACCGUCGAUGAAGACGGAAAUGAGGUUCUAGGCAACAAGAUGGACACCCAUAAUUUGGCGACGUUGUUUGGCCCAAACAUUCUGCGGAAGACAAAAGGGGGUCAGGAGCGGGAUGCACAUGCCAUUCAGGAAGCCUCUGAGCAGGUAGAGGAGAGCAGAGAGGUCAUAAGUGUGGUGCAAACUAUGGCUGAAAAUAAGGAUGUUAUAUUUCAGGUGCCUGCAGAAAUCCAGGAUAGUGUUUUGAGGAUUGCCUACGAAACAGAUCCUGAAGCCCUGGACUAUCUUCUGACAAAGAGGGCAGUAGCACUCGGGUGUAUUGAGCCAGGUGAGAUGGAGUCCAGCUUCGUUGAUGAUGGGGGCUCCCAUAGCUCCUCACCCCCAUGCACACCAGAGGAAAUCCUCAUGCCAUUCCAUGCCCUCCAUGGACAUGAACAACGACUCUUCAGCUCUCCAGAUGAUCUCUACACAUGCCGGAAUAAGUCAUCAGAGUUCAACGAGGAACCAAGUCAAAUGAGCAGGGAACAGAUGCUGCAGUCCAAACAGAAGUCUAUGUCUUUGCCUCGAGCGGCACCAAUCAUCGACAGCCGCUUCCCGAGCAGCCCCAAAAUUGCACGGACAGGUUGUGAGGACCGGCUGAGCACCCCAGUGCCGUCGCAGCCGGAAAGGGGCAGCGUUGUCAUAACAGGUGCCAAGAACAAACGAGGGCGACACAGCAGCGAGAAUCUAGACGAGAACUCACAGUGGGGGACGGACUCCUCAUCUUCCUCAACGAUAUCCCCACCGACGAGACUCACUCGCGGAAUCUCCAACGAGAAACAGGUGUUCUCCCCGCUGUCGCCGCACUCGCCUCGCCGUAUAUCCGGCCCGGUUUCCCCCCUCGUAGGCCACCCACCCGAGAGACAAUUUAGCUCACCGGCAAACAUGGAGGGAGGUGGCGGAACCCUCUCCCCGAAUUUAGAUCUUUCCUAUCAGUCGAGGAGUCCUAGAACGGUACGCAAGCAUGCAUCGGAUCUCUUACCGACUCCUUGGAAGGUUAACGAUGAUGCGUCGGAGCAAAUAUGGCUGCCUGUUGACGGCAGAAGGACACAGAGUGUCUCGGACGGCAACAGACCGACCCGGCCAUGUGCAAUCUCCCCCUGUAUACAACGGCGCGCGUCACCAAAGUCUCCGCAACUGAGGAUUGCCAAAGUACCAAUUGCUGCCAUGGAGGAAGACUUUGAUAUGGAUUUACCUGUGGAGAAAGCGACAAGUCCGACAAGUCCAACCAGCCCAGAGAAAGUCGGCGAUCAAUGGCAAGGCAAGUGGAAAACAAAGGAAGGCCAGGAGACAUUAGUUUGAGGACGAGAGACGAGAAGAGAUUGAAAAAAAGAAAAACUAUCUUUCCAAUUGACACAUCUGACGGAAACUACUGUUUUUUUAAUGCGACACUAUGUGUUGACUAAAAGGAAUUGAGACGCUGGCCUUUAAGGCUGACACAGACAGACUUGGACGAAGAUGAAAAAAUUCUGUCUUUUUACAUUUCAGCCAGCAUAAUUUUGAUCAAACCAAUUUGUUUGACUGGUUGAUUAUAAGAAGGGGUUGCACGCCUUUCAGCCAAUAUUUAACGAAAAUGGAGGUCCAAUCACAAAUUCUUUCAAUUGUGAAAACCAUGAGGGGAAAUCAAGUCAAAAACUAAAUUUUUUUUUUUCAUUUUGAGAGUUUUUUGUAUAUAUCGAUCAACUACUUCCCAGACAAAACCAUUUCAAACCUUGAAACACAUCAGAUAUUGCCCAUUAUCGCAAAGCCGAUUUCGAACUUCUCUUGAGUUAAAGUGAGAGCAGGGUUAAUUUCUUGACAUUAGCAAUGCUGUUCAGAGCAUUAACAAGAAAAAAAGGUCUUGCCUUGAAUGAUGUCCUCAAACCAAGCAAGGCAGAAAUGCUUAAUUGGAGGCUAACUUUGAGGACAAACGCCUAGUCAAUUUGCUCAAGUUGCCUCGGCAAAAACCUUUGAUGUUUGUUCCCUUGCUGGUUCCACUUGAGGUACAAAAUAACCUCAUGGUAACGUUCUUUCUGUUUUCGAUUAUAAAUCUCUGACCGAAAUAUCGGUAACUUCAAAUUCACCUCUUUCACAUUUUUGGAUUCACUCCGUUGGGAUGUGAGUCAUGUUUCAGUAUUUGUAUAUUGUAAUAUUUACACUGUGAUGUUUUCAAACAUAAAUUAUAUUUCUGCACCAUUUGUAUAGAAAUACUUUACCAUUAGUAAAGUAUCACACUGAGGAUGGAAGUUCUGCCAGGACUUGAAUAGCAUAAAGUGCACAAUUCCACUAAGCAGAAACGGGCAACUGAGUCGUACUGCCUUUGUACUGCUUUUCGACCAGUUUCCAAGAUAGCUUAUUGCUUAGCAGAGAAAGUUGUCGCUAAGCAGCUUCAUCACCUGAAACAUCUUUGUACCUGAUUCUUGCUGUUUUAUGGUAAGCAUCGUUGAUGUUGUAAAAAAAUGGGAAGCAGUCGCCACGACUGCCGAUGCCAAUCUUCAAAUUUAAAUUAUUGUGUAAUUAUAAAUGGCCAAGCGAGGGAGUCAUUUCUAGGAGUUUUUGUGAGCUUCAUUUUGAAGAAGAGAAAACAAAGUUGGAAAAAUGAAAAUGGUUGUCCAGAAAAAAGUGUGAAACAAGCGGUCCUCUUACACAAACAGAGGUUUUAGGCAGCAACAAAUUUGAGUUGCCGAAAUAGUUAACCUCUUUUUUGAAGUCUCCAGUGACUUGAGUGUGAACUUAACUUGAGAUUUGUUUCUCAAACAUAAUUCUUGAAUCCAAUUUUGGCAACCACUAAAUGUUCUCUUAAAAGGAAAUGUUAUUUCACACACUUAGACCCUGUUGUUAAAUGUUUUUAACCAUCAGUCAAAAUGUGUAUUAGCCAAGGUAUGGAGUGAACAAAAUGUGUAAUUGACUGAACAGAGGUGCAAGAACUUGUAACUUGUCUGCCUUUUAAUACACUUAGUUUGGGUUCAUUGGGCCAGUGUGCAACCUAUCAAGCUGCUAUCAGCAAUUUUGGUGAUGAGUUGAAUUUAUUUGUAAUGUCUGGUACCUGGUAGAUUACAAAUGAACACUCGGUUUGAAAUUCCUCAGACAACAUUGCUGCAAAAUGUAGAGCAAGUUUUGAAAUACCCAAAACACAAGGGUACCAAGUAUGACCAAUCUUGAGGUUGCAAAACACUACUGAAUAUGUGUCUGUAAUAUUAGGACCAAUGAGAGACUUUAGAAUGCUAGGUGGCAGCAGACUAACCAGGUAAAUUUCCGUUGUUUACGUAGAUCUGAGCAUGUGCCCAUUACCAAGAACAAAGAAAUUACCUGGUAAGUCUGCUGCCACCUAGCAAUGCACUGGCGCUCACUGGCCCAGCCUCUGAAUGUUUCAAAUAACCACUUGUGAUUACAGCACUAUCAUUGAACGUUGUUCUCACAGACCGCAAGAUUUCAGUCAGUUUUACAUCCGCUCACUCCAAUCAGUUUCCAAGACACCACUAUUGUGAGGUUGGUUGGUAUCCAGACAUCAGCCAAGCUGCUUCUUGUAAACCAUGAUUGAGAACCAAUACACUGGGGCUCAAUAUCAUUAGUGGCUCAUUGCUUAAUGCAGCGUUCUUUCUGGUAAAAUCACAAUAUUCUGGCAAACAAGUUAUAUGCUGGCAGUUGCAAUUGGUUGAGACACUAAAAGCUCAUCAAAGGACUGAAAUUCAUCUGUGCUAGACAGAGUUAAAAAUGAACGAAAAGUAUGAAAGAAAGCAAUGUAAAAACAAAAUUACUAUUGAAAGUGAGCUUUCAGUCACUUCAUUCCUGCAUCAAAGUAAAUAGAGCCAUGGUAUUGGGCUUCAAACGAGCUUGAGAAAAAAACAAUACCUCAUAUUGUUUUAUAUAUUUAAAUGAAAUGAACCUGUGACAGUGACAGUCUAUGACACUGACCGUGACUAACAUUACAUUAAUGGUAACACUGUUACCUACAUAUGGGUAAUAAAGUCACCGUUGGUUACAAAGUCUGUUUAUAUUAUUAUCUUUGUAUAAAUUAUUACAUAUUAUUAUUAUAUAACAAAAAUUAUAGAUAUAUUAUCUUAAAUGCAGAACAGUAACUCAGUAUUAUUGUUCAUAUGAAAUAAUGUAAAGUGUACCUGUUUACGAAAAUGUGUUUUAAAAUGUAAUUGUAGGAUAUACACAAUAUGUGACUAGCUGUACAGAAGUUUAGAUAAAUGCAAGUUUCUUUAACUGAUGAUGUUGUAUGUAUUAACCAUGGUUGCCAAAAGUCAAACGAGUGUACAUCGUGGAGCUGAGCACAAAACACACAGUCAACCUAAAGUGUUGUUCACACGACAGCAAUUUAACAGGGGUCCCUUGCUAAAAUUUAGCAUGGUUGUAAAAUGUAGCAAGGUAUGAAAAGAUUUUACAAGAUUUUUAAAGCCACUUCUUCUAACAACUUCCAUAAACCAGAAAUCAUGAGUCAAAUGCUUAGGAAAAAUAUCAAUAAUAAGAAAACACCGAAAAACAUUCACUGUACACCUUUAAAUUCUGAGGCAGUGCUAGUCUUGUCUUACUGUUGUGCAAAAAUAGAAGUUCCUGUGAAAAAUAAAUCACUGAAUAAGUGUGAUUGUUUUGACUGUGGUCCAAGCCAAUUACCAAGGGGUGGUAAUGUCACAGCUUUGGGUGUUGAUAAUUUCAGGAAUUGCAUAUUCCAUCACAGCUCUAUUAUGUAUAAGCGUAGACACGCAGUGGUGCCGCAAAUUUUUGCAUAAUCACGCUCCACAGCCAGUGCAGUGUAAGGCUGGAGACCUGAACUGAUUCAUUAUGUUCUAAGAUACACCUGCAAUAUAAAGCUCAUCAUGUAACUCAACCCCCCCCCCCAUCCUCCGCCAUCAGUCUCUUUAUCUCCUUGUGCAAUCUGAAUACUGAAUAUGGUUAGGCCAAAUACAAAAAAAAACACGUUAAGCGUCCUGCUUUUUUGAUAAAAGGAAGGAGGAAGGCCUUUUUUUAGCUUGGCAAUUUUUCAAAACUUAUUUUUUUGUCUAAGAUCAUUAAAAUGUAUCCUUAAUUCGUAGAAGGAAAAAGACAAAAAAGAGGCAGCCUCUGGAAAGGAAGCAGGCGGGGAUACUUAACAUGUUUUUGUUAUUUUGCCUUCGAACAUGAAUAGUGUAUACGUGCCAUGUGUGCAACAAUUCAUGGCUGCCUGCCCCCGUCGUGUAGAGGUAUCGAUUGUGAAUGAGUCAAGUUAUUUGAUUUGAGUGAUGGGCAUGACACAGGUGCUCUGUUGCAAUGUCAAGGUGGCUGAAGCAAACAAAAAUGAAAAGGGAAGAGUUCACCAGAUGCUAGAUCUCUUACGACAAAUACUUUUAUUUAAAAAAAAAAUAUAAAAUGAGGAACAACACAACUUUAAAGAAAACAUGCUUUCUAGUUUGAUCAUUCACAGGGAAAUCAAAAUAAAUCUAAAUCUAAAUCUGGCAGCUUUAGCACAUGGUAAUUCAACACAUUUGGACUUGAUAAAAUAUGCGUUGGCUAAUUGCAACAAUAGAUAAUUGUUAACAAUCUUUAGCUGCUUAAAAAGUCAGUACUCUUUUGGAAAAUUUUCAGCACAGAGCAUUUCAUGUUGGAUUAUAAAGCAUUUUCUUAUCAAUGUAGAAGAAAAAAAGUCACUUUCAUAACGUAAAUUGAUAAAUUUCAAUUCCUUUUUAAAACUUCAGGGUUACAGUCAUGUCAAGUAGUAAAACAGUACUAAUGUGAGAUAUUCACAUUGUUUAGCAUGCAGAAAUGUACUUCUAUUUUUCCUGCAGGAACAAUUUUGAGUUUGCAGGUCAAACAGUCACUUUUAAUAAUAUUUGUGUAACACAGAAGUUUUAAUUGUAUUUAAUGAGAGACAAUCAAUAUUAUUUUGGU